AGUGCUCUACGUGAACGUGUGCUGGCAUGCGAAAAGGAAUGUUUUUACAAAAGUGUUUAUAUAUUCUUUUACUACAUGGACAAUGAAGAAACGUUUUAUCGGCAAUGAUGUUUUAGGACUUGCAUCAAGAUGAAGCACUGGCCGUGUGCCUUGGCGGCGGUGGGCGUCGUGUACCUGCUGACCUUGGGCGUGAUGCUGCGACGGUUCAGUUAUCUCUUCGACAGAGAAGAACUCCAACUACCUUCGUUGACUGACACCUACCUAGACGAGAAAGCUCUAGGACUACCCUGGACGAACAACCAAAACGCCCCGAUACUACAAUACAAACAACUCGGAUUCAACAAAACUCCGAAACCGACGAAGCAAAACACGUAUAAUGCGAAUAACGAUAAUCUGCAAUACAAACCAACUGGAAUAAUCAAAACGCCUAGACUGACAAUAGAAAACACGGAUAGUGCGAAUAACGAUAAUCUACAACAUAAACCACUCGAAUCCAACAAACCACCGAAACCGACAAAGGAAAACAAGAGAAGUGCGAAGAGCGAUAACCUGUCAGUCGCGGAGACUGAAACCCGGUUCGAAACAAGAAGCGAGACGUUUCACGACACGGAUAAUGUCAUUGGUCGCGAUGGAGAGACUUUCACCGUGGAAGUGACUGUCGGAAAGUGGGAGUUGGAAGUGAAGGUGGAUGGAAAUGAGGUAUACCAAGUGACCAUGGAACCCAGUGACAUCAAGUUCAUGACAAAGGGCGGCAUGUACCUACUGGUUCUGCACCCGACCACGGCAGCUGUCAUGCACUCGUCUAAGCACAGGACAUUCGAAGUGUCAGGAGACGCAGAAGUCAUGAGGAUCGUAAGGGACGUGCAGCCAGGGCGGGUCCUCAUUUUGGCCAGUAUGCACGAGGGCUUCAUGCAGCUGACCAAAACCGUGGAGACUUUCCUGAGGCAGCAAGGUUCCAGGGUUAUCUCGGACAUGGCCAUGGGUGACAGAUGGGCGUGGAUAUGGACGAAAGGUGGGCGUACGUGGGCGGAAGGGGCGGCCUUCACCACUCAAGAGAAAAACACUUUCUAUCUGCAAGGUUCACCGGUUCACUUGCAAGUCAGCCUGCCCCGUCGGCCUGAAAACGCUGACAUGUGUGCCACCAAACUCCAGGGGAACGCAUGGCCUGCAAGACGUAGCUUCUGCGAACGCUACGAAGGCUAUGGUAGUCUGUGCAAUUGCAGCGCAACUCAGGAACUGCAUCGGAACGUUCCCCUUGAAAUGGAUGGAGUGGAGACCGGAAUUCCAACGGUGAUCGUAGCGAGCACCAGGCCUCUUCUCCUCAACAGGUGUCUGCGGCAGCUGAUGUCAACAGCAGGAAGCGACCCUCAGCUGACACUCGUCGUUGCUGACGGAAAGUCUGACGGAUCGCUGGACGAAGUGCGUGACCUUGCUGCCCUCUACGGUGUCAAGUACAAGGAGCACGACGCGGGCGGAACCAACGUCACCAUCCGCAUUCAACGCCACUAUAAAUUCGCGCUUUCCUCCGCCUUCGAGACCUUCCCUUGGGCCAGGAGGGUCAUCGUGCUCGAGGAGGACCUUCGCGUUUCGCCAGACUUCUUCAGCUACUUCGGCCAGCUGGCGCCCCUCCUGGACCGAGACCCCUCCCUGUAUUGCGUGUCCGCCUGGAACGACCUCAGCAGCAGCAAGUCUCUGGGGGAUCCUGGCGUGGUGAUGAGGUCCGAGACCAUGGCGGGGCUGGGCUGGCUCCUGAAGAGGGACAUCUACGACGAAGUCAUCCCGAAGUGGCCGGCGCACGACCAGCGCGCCGACUGGGACAUGUGGAUGCGCCUUCCCGCCCAGCAGAAGGGUCGUGAGUGUCUCGUCCCCGAAGUGUCUCGAACAUUCCACUUCGGGCAGAGCGGAGCGCAUCUCACGGCUUAUUUCCAGUCGACAUAUUUCUCGAAGUUUCCUUAUAAUCAAAUUCCCAACGUGAGGCUGAAGGAUCUCGACAGAAUGGGCCCAGAGUCCUACGACAGGAUGCUGAAGGAAAUGAUCUCAGGAGCCGAGCAUCUCAAGGGAGAAACUACCAACCCCUGCGACGCGAACUUCCUGCCUCUGAAUGCCACCACCCCGCACGUCCUGUGGUUUAAAAUGAACGAGCCAGCCGACAACUACACUUACACGGGCAUUAUCGGGUGCCUGAAGCUGUGGGACCUGGACACUCGUGGCGAACACAAGGCACUGUGGCGGGUCAAGGUGCAGGGGACGCCCUUGCUGCUCGUCGGCUGGCCCUUCUCGCCCUUCGCAUUCCUGAAGCCGAAGGAGGUCACCAUCCUGCAGCGCUACAACCCCGCAGAAGAAUUGAAAGAUGACCCAGUGUACCUCCUGUCUACUCGGCCAUGGUUAGGCGGAAGCUGACCUGACCUGACCUGACUUGUGUCUCUGUUUUAAUGUAUGUAUUUAUUAUGUGUGAUUCUGGAAAUGUUAUUCCUCUUCACAUGUUUCCGAUUCGACGCUGAUGUGAGUCAGAUGCAUGAAUACAAAGAUGUAAGCGAGAGAAUUACUGUAUCGUAAUUAUUGUACAUAAUGUUCUAAACGAUUGAAAUGCAUGCCAAACAGACGA